AUGCUGCCGACCCUCGCGGUCCUCCUCAUGGCCGCCCGCCCGGCCCUGGCCGUCGUGCACUAUCGGGCGCCGCACCGAAACCUGCUAAAGACGGCCGUCCGGGCGCCUCCGUACUUUUCCUCGCUGGGCGUGCAGGCCAACGCCGAGACGGACCCUUGCGCGAUGAUCAGCCAGGCGUUCGAGGCUGCCAACAAGAACAAGACGUCCGAAGACGCCAUCAUCCUCGACCUGCGACCCUCUGUGGGCACGGCCUGCCUCAAGUCCGUCCCCGUGGCGACGGAGCAGAAUCUAGCCCUGCUCGACUACCUGAGCCCGUACAUCGACUACCAGAGCACGCUGGAGAUUCUCAAGAACCCGCCGGAGGAGUACCUGCUCCCCGGGGUGGACAUCAUGGGUGGCAUAGAUGCCAUGCGUAAAAAGCUACAGGGCAACGGAUAUGAGUCGCAAUUCGAGGUCAUGACGGAUCUCCGGAGUCUGUUUGUUGCCGCCAACGACAACCACUUUGGAUACACGCCCGGCUUGUUCAACGCGUUUCGCCAGGUCCGCGAAGACUUUGAGUUUGUGUCCAUUUCAUCCGACGGACGGGAGCUGCCGGAGAUCUUCGCGGUCCAGGACGUCUUCCCAGAAGGCAACGCGACCUUCACACCUUCCCCGAUCGAAACCAUCGACGGCGUGGACGUGUACGAGUUUCUGGAAAACGACGUCCUGCGCGUCGAGCAGGGCCAUCAAGACCCCGAUGCGAGGCUCAACGCGGCUUUCGGGUCCAUCCCCGGCUUCGCCGCCGGCGUGGACCCGAGCGCGAGACUGGCCAUCUUCGAGAUCCCCGACAACUACACCAUCGUGCACAAGAACGGCACCUCGCGCACCGUCGUCAACUCCCUCAUCACUCUCCCCACCAUCGAUCUCUGCGGCAUCCGGUCCGGCGAUGAAUUCCGCGAGCGCUUCGAAGUCCCGCCCCUCACUCCGCCCCCGCCGCCGCCCGGGCAGGAGGACGAGGACCGCAAGAACAAGAAGAAGCCGCCGCCACCGGAGCCGGAGCAGACCGUCCCCGGCUACCCGCCGCCGGUCGCCAAGCACUCGGCCAACACCGUGGCCAGCUACAUGCUCGACGACCCCGCGCUGGCAAACACCACCGUCAUCUCCUUCCUCGCCUUCGUCGCCCUCAACUCCGACGACCCCCUCGGCGAGGACUUUGACCUCAACGGGUUCGUGCGCGAGUUUGGCGACGUCAUGGACCAAACCGCCGCGGCCGCGCGGGAGCAGGGCCGCCAGAACCUCAUCAUCGACAUGUCGGCCAACGGCGGCGGCUCGCUGGACCUGGCCGACUUUGCGUACACGACAUUUUUUCCCGGUGCGCCCUUUGACGCGUUUGACCGGUACCGGAUGAGCGGCGGUGUGGAGCUGACGGGGAGGUUUCUGGACUUCCCGGACGCGUCGGAGCUGCUGGUGGGACCGGGGGCGCCCGGGUUCGGGCCGGACGGGGGGGAUAUUGAGACGGCGGAGGCGUUCUUUGAGGCACCGCAGAUCAACGGGCAGAACGUGACGGCGGCGUUUCACAGGAGCACGGCGGUGCCGUACCUGACCGAACCGGACGUCUUCCUGCGGGGGUACGAGCCGAAGGGCCGGGGCGGGGGAGGCAACGACAACAACAAUAAUAAUAACAACAACAACAAGAACAACAAGAACCAGCGCCAGCGCCGAAGCCGGAGCCGGAGCAGCGUCGGCGGACGCCGGAAUCACAUCAACCAGCUCCGAAACCGGAAAAACAACAAGAACAACAGCAAAAGCAACAAUAACAAUGAUAACAGUAACAACAACAACAACGGCGGCGGAGGCGGCGACGGCGGCCAGCAGGCGCCGCCGUGGAAGCCCGAGAACAUGGUUAUCCUCACGGACGGCACAUGCGCAUCUGCCUGCACCAUCUUCACCGGCCUCAUGGUUCGCAACUUUGGCAUCCGCACCGUCGCCCUCGGCGGCCGCCCCCUCAACAAGCCCAUGCAAGCCAUCGGCGGCGUCCGCGGCUCCGAGAUCCUCAACAACGGCGACAUCAAGGGCCUCAUGAGCGAGUUCGCCGCCGACAUCCAGCAGAUGCGGGACGGCGGACGGGAGCUGCUCAGCACCGUGACGCGGGCGCUGCCUCCGCUGCAGGACGCGCCGAUCCUGCCGCUGCUGGAGGACAGCGGCGGCGGGUCGGCGAACGUGCGCAACGCGCAUCCGGGGGCGGACCCGGACGGCUUGCCGCUGCAUUUCACCUACGAGGCGGCGAACUGCAGGCUGUUUUACACGCGGGAGAUGCUGGCGGACGUGACGGAGGCGUGGAAGGCGGUGGCGGAGGCGGCGUGGGGAGGGGGGCGGUGUGUGGAGGGGUCGACGGUGAAUGAGGACGGGACGAUGGGGAAUGGGACGCUGCCGUUUGAUAGCAGCGUGAGGGGCAGGGCGGCGAGGAUCCCGGUGCCGGGUGGUGAGACGGCGAGGAUCCCGGCUGGUAUCGAUAACCACGUCGUCGUUACCGGUGGCAGCCACUGA